UUCGAUUUCCAGCCUAAACAAACCAUUCUAAAGGAGCUAGCGAAGUGCAAACAUCCCAAAAGUAGAAAAACGCUAGCUCUGACUCGCAAGGUUAUAAAAAUAAAUAAUCGAGAAAAAAUAAAGCUCGGACAUGCGGCCAAAGCCAAUUUGGUGGGUAAGAAGCUUGCUUGGUUUGCGGAGCAAUUGGAAGGGCGGCAGACGCCUCUGACCCAGGCAGAAUACGAAACACUGAUUGAUGGCUACCUACAGCGAUUCGAUAAAGAGCUGGAACAGAUCAAAAUUGUCCAGUCGAUUGGCAAGCAUCGUGCAACGCAGCACGCAGCACGGGAGGCGGUAAUCAAAACGACCGUCGAAACGGAAAAGCUCAAUUUCAACAGUGGUGGCGGUAUUGAGCUUCCCGAUUUGUGCGAUGCGACGAACUUUAAACUAUUUCAAGAGUGGGACGGCAGUGCGGCAAGCAUACAGCAUUUGAAGUUGAAAUUUGUUUCACGAAAAUCGCUACAGCCUUCGAUCAGUAAAGAUAAUGUGGACAGGAUGGAUGAAUAA